CAUCACACAUUUCAACUAUACACACUAAAAUCCGAUUGAAUCGGGUGAAAAUGGCGGCCUCGAAACCCUACGACAUCGUCAUCUUCGGAGCCUCCGGUUUCACCGGCAAAUACGUAGUCCGAGAAGCCCUCAAAUUCCUCAACGCUCCCAAUUCCCCCCUCAAAUCCCUCGCCCUCGCCGGCCGCAGUCCGUCACGCCUCUCCGAGUCUCUCAAAUGGGCCGCCGCCCCCAACCCUCCGCCGAACAUCCCUCUCCUCACCGCCGACACCUCAGACCCGGCCUCGCUCUCCCGCCUCGCCUCGCAAUCGAGGAUCAUCCUCGACUGCGUGGGCCCAUUCCGCCUCUACGGGCAGCCAGUCGUGGCGGCCUGCGUGGAUUCCGGCUGCGACUACUUGGACAUCUGCGGCGAGCCCGAUUUCAUGGAGAGGAUGGAGGCGUCCUACCACGACAAGGCGGUGGAGAAUGGGUCGCUGGUGAUCUCGGCUUGUGGCUUCGACUCCGUGCCGGCAGAGAUCGGGCUCAUGUUUCACUCCAAGCAUUGGGCCGGGCCUGCUGUGCCGAACCGGGUGGAGGCGUAUCUGAGCCUGGAGUCGGAUAAGAGGAUUGUGGGAAAUUUUGGGACCUACGAAUCGGCGGUUCUUGGAGUGGCUAAUGCUGAUAAGCUGGUGGAGUUGCGCCGCUCCAGACCCAGAAGGCCACGCCCCACUAUUCCUGGACCUGCUCCUUCAAAGGGCUCCAUCAUUGAGAACCAGAAGCAGCUGGGCCUCUGGGCUUUACGCCUGCCAUCAGCAGACUCUGUUGUUGUUCGAAGAACACAGGCUAUGUUGACUGAAAACCCCCAUGGUUUACCCGGUGUAAACGAAAGUGUUGAGCAUGUAAAAAAGAGGGAGGAGUUCUGGUCAUCCACAAAGCCAGCCCAUUUUGGUGUGAAAUUAGGCUCGAAGUCAUUGCUCGGCUUGUUUCCUGUGAUCACACUCGGUGUGUUCUUGGGGCUCUUGAGCAAGAGUAGAGUUGGGAGAUGGCUUCUGCUCAAGUUUCCCUCCUUCUUCAGUGUUGGAUGGUUCAGGAAGAAGGGGCCUUCGGAGGAGGAAGUGGCGAGUGCUACCUUCAAGAUGUGGUUUGUGGGACAAGGGUAUUCGGAUAGCAGUCUAGCUUCGCAGGGUGACAAGAAGCCUGACACUGAAGUGGUAACAAGAGUGAUGGGACCUGAGAUUGGAUAUCUGACGACCCCAAUCGUGCUGCUUCAGUGUGCUCUUGUACUGCUGGAUGGCCGCGAUAAUCUGCCUAAAGGCGGAGUUUAUACGCCUGGGAUUGUAUUCGGCCCAACAGACCUCGAGCAGCGCCUGCAGGACAAUGGGAUAUCAUUCGAUUUCAUUUCAAAGAAAGUGCUUUCUUCCUGAAGCUUGGCUGCCUUGUGUACGGUUUGACAUUUUACAUUACAUGCUGCAAUAAAAGAAUGCUUCUUGAAA